AAUGUGAGCGCGUGCUUGGCCAACUCGAAGCAACGACGCACGUCACGGGGUGGCACAAGACGCGGCAUACGUCGUACCCGACGACGGACCUCCCUAGCUACUGCCUUCCUCUGGGUGAGCACUACUGGGUCCAAGACACCCUGAGCGCGCGGCUUUUUCCGUCGAUUCUCUCGCGCUUCCAACUCCCAGCGUCGACGCAGCUCUCCUUUCGCGAUCUCUUUUACGUCAAGUACGAGGCGGCACAGGACGCCCAGCGGGACCUUGCGCUGCACUGCGACGGCUCGGUGCUCUCGUUCAACGUGCUUCUCAACAAACGCACCGACUUUGUGGGCGGCGGCACGUACUUUGCCCCGACGCAGACCACGGUUCACAUCGAGCAAGGCGACGUCGUGGUGCACGGCGGGCGCGUGGUGCACGGCGCGGCGCCUGUCACCGAGGGCAAGCGCCUCAUCCUCGUCGCGUUCCUCAACGUUCGCCCACCUGCCUGCGCACCGUAG